AUGAGCGAGAAACGUGAUCUCGAUUUAAUAGUUCGAAAUGGGCGGAUAGUUACGGCUGCAGAGGUUCUUCCUCUUGGCGUCGAGUUGGGCGUUAUAGAUGGCAAGAUUAGCUGCAUCGGAACCAAUCUUACGUCCGGGCCACAGACUCAGGUUGUGGAUGCAGAAGGCGCCUACAUCACACCAGGCGGCGUGGAUUCGCAUGUGCAUAUUCAACAAGAUAAUUCGCCGACAGGGGAUACUUGGGAAUCGGGGAGUAAAUCAGCCAUUGCAGGUGGUAAUACAACGGUCAUAGCCUUUGCCAGCCAGAAACGACACGAAGAAAGCAUAUGGCCGGCUCUCGAGUCUUACCAUAAAAAGGCAGCUGGCAAUUCAUUCUGUGACUACGGCAUCCAUGUCAUUCUGACAAAUCCGAAUGAAAAAGUCCUCGAAGAAGAAUUACCUUUACUCGUGGAGAGGGAGGGCAUCACGAGUGUCAAGAUUUACAUGACUUAUGAACCAAUGAAGCUGGGAGAUGGCGACCUCUUCAAUAUCAUGAUGAGAGCCCGCGGGCUCGGAAUCACCACCAUGAUACAUGCCGAGAACAAUGACAUCAUCGAGCAAAUAACAAAGCGACUCGCAAAGCAGAAGAACACGGGCACCUUUUUCCAUUCCGUAGCUCGCCCACAGAUUGCAGAGUCCGAAGCCACAUACCGCGCCAUCAGCCUGGCCGAGGUUACGGACACACCAAUCCUCAUUGUGCACAUGUCGGCGCCGACGGCCGUGAAACACGUUAAUGACGCACAGAGACGGCUGCUGCCCAUCCACGCCGAGACCUGCCCGCACUACCUGUACCUGCUGAGCGAUCGCCUCCGGUCCGGCCCCGAAGACUUUGAGGGCGCCAAGAACAUUUGCGCCCCGCCGCUGCGCCACGACGCCCGCGAUCUCGAGGAGAUCUGGCUCGGGCUCGCCAACGGCACCUUUACCGUCGUGUCCUCGGACCACGCGCCCGCGACCUUUGACCACGAGUGCGGCAAGCUCAAGGGCCUCUCUGCGCCCGACGAGCAUGGGCACAGGCACGGCGACUUCCGCGUCGUGCCCAAUGGUCUGCCGGGCAUGGAGACCCGGCUGCCCUUGCUGUUUGACCGGACCUUUGACCCUUCGCGGCCUGGCGGCGGGUUCGGCGACGACAAGAUCCGCAUCUCGCUGCCGCGGUUCGUGGAGCUUACUUCUACAAACCCCGCCAAGCUCUAUGGCCUAGGCCACAGAAAGGGUAGUUUGGCGCCCGGCUUUGACGCCGACAUUGUCAUCUGGUAUCCCGAAGAGACGCCCCUCGUCUCACAAUCCGAAGCCGACGGUCCCCAGAGCAUCAGCAGCAGUCGCCAGACAGGAGGAGGGCGAGGCAAGAUCACCAUUACCAACAGCAUGCUGCACCACCGGAUCGACUACACGCCGUUUGAGGGUGUCCAGGUGCGCAAUUGGCCGCGCAAAGUUUUCCUCCGCGGGCAGCUGGCCUGGGACCGCGACGGCGCGGGCGUCACGGCCAAGCUCGGGGACGGCGAGUACCUCAAGAGGGAAAAGUCGACGCUCCUGACGGGCCAGAUGGGGAGACAGCCGACGGGUAUGUUGGCGGGGGAGCUGUCGUACUGGUCAUGA